CUCUUUGAUAUAUGAUCAGAAUGAAGGUCGCUGUAAUCCUUGCUGUUGCUAUAGUAAUGAUGAUUGGACAAGAUGUCCAGUCCUGGAGAUUAAUCAGAGAUGCAACUAGAGCUAUCUCUAGAGCUUUUACCCCGGUGGUCAGAACCUUAACCAAUCCUAAACGAUACCCUAGAGCAGUUGUCAGACGAUGGAGUAGAAUUCUUUCAGGUAAACGAAGCGAUGAGGCUGAAGUCGACGCUGCAUUUGCCGCUGCUACAGCAGAUGAUAUGUUAACAGCUGAUGAAAUCAGUGAAUUAUUGGGAUUAGAAGGCCAAGAAUUAAUCGACUUUAUUGCUGAAGCUGAUAUUAACGGUAAUGGUCAAAUUGAUCUUGGAGAAUUUAUUGCUCAAAAAGCCCAAGAUGAUUAAAUGGUCAAGAAGUUGGAGCGUGAAAGGUGAUGACUUGGAACCAGUGGCGGCUCCAAAAGGGAAAACUUUAAAAAAAUCUUAAAAAAAGCCUUAUGUAUAUGAAGGUGUGUCUGAAAGUGUCAAUGGUCAAUGUGAUCAAAUAUAUAAUGAAUAAAUUCAUACUUG